GGGCCAUCGUCUCAGGGACCUACUAAUGUCUAUCAGACCAGUAAUCCUGGACUUAACAAUUUUUUUAAAAAUCGAAUUUUGUUCCUCAUUUUUCUCCAGUGCUAUCCAGGACUUCCUGUCCUGACCCCUUUCAGAGCCCUCCACAGGAGUAGCUGGGCACCACCCGCUCUGGACCCAGCGUGGUGGAGACCGAUGUUCCCGAUGUUGAAAGCCCACGACGCCCUUAGACUGGUUGAUUCCACGCGCCUUUGAUCUGCCUCACUUUUGCUCCUCACUUUUGCUCUGGCUGCCGAGAGGCAGUAGCAGUUGUAUCUUAGGAGGCCUUUCGGUGCCUAGACUUUUACCUCACCCAGGUGCGAGAUGUGGUACUAACACAUUGUAGCAAACCAUACACGGAGAAUACAUUUGAAUUUUUCUUUAUGCAUUGGAGAAGCGUAAAUAUCACUAUUUACUUUUUCCCUUUUGUACCAACAACAGAUGCUCUUAAGCCUUUUCUUUUCAUGUACAUAUUUUUGACUUUAGCAUAUUAGAAAUCAUCUGUCUUAAAUUUUUUUUUCAUGUUUGCACAAAAAAGGAACACGAUUAGCACCAACUUAAAUCCACGUUGAUUAUAAUAAAAUCCAAAUGCAAUGAAUAAUUUUACCAUGAAUAUCUCAGUUUUUAAAGUUCAUGGACUUACUCCUUUCAUUUUAAUUGUAAUCUGACUUUCUCUCUACCCUUUAUCUUCCCUGUUAGGAUUCUUUCCAGCAGCUGGAGACCUUAGUCUUCCAUUAUGUCUAUGUGUGAAGACAUGCUGCUUUGUAAUUAUCGAAAGUGUCGCAUUAAACUCUCUGGUUAUGCUUGGGUAACUGCCUGCUCUCACAUCUUCUGUGAUCAGCACGGCAGUGGUGAAUUUAGUCGCUCACCAGCUAUCUGCCCUGCCUGCAACAGCACCCUUUCUGGAAAGCUAGAUAUUGUCCGUACAGAACUCAGCCCAUCAGAGGAAUACAAAGCCAUGGUGUUGGCAGGACUGCGACCAGAGAUUGUGAUGGACAUUUGUUCCCGAGCACUGGCCUUCUGGACUUACCAGGUACACCAGGAACGACUCUAUCAAGAAUACAAUUUCAGCAAGGCUGAGAGUCACUUGAAACAGAUGGAGAAAAUCUAUACUCAGCAAAUACAGAGCAAGGAUGUAGAAUUGACCUCUAUGAAAGGAGAGGUCACUUCCAUGAAGAAAGUCCUAGAGGAAUACAAGAAAAAGUUUAGUGACAUCUCUGAGAAGCUUAUGGAACGCAAUCGGCAGUAUCAGAAACUCCAGGGCCUCUAUGACAGCCUUAGGCUACGAAAUAUCACUAUUGCUAACCAAGAGGGCACUCUCGAGCCAUCUAUGAUUGCCCAUUCUGGUGUUUUUGGCAUCCCAUUAGGGAACCACCCCAAGUUUCCUUUGGACAAUACGCCAGUUAGAGGUCGGGGUGGUGGAGAUGGAGAUUUUCAGUUCAAACCAUUUUUUGUGGGUUCCCCCACAGCACCUGAACCCAGCACCAACUUUUUCAGUUUUGUCUCUCCAAGUCAUGAAGUAGAGAAACAGCAAAUCUCCAGUAGAGCCUUCAAAAUAAAGAGAAUUUAGAUUACA